AUGCUACAAGCCAAAGAAAUUAUCAACACUUUAUGGCAACGACAUUCAAUCAAUUUAAUGGCAUUAAUAUUCAUGGCAACAGGAAUGUUAUUGAAUUCAUUGAUGCUUUCGUUGACACAUGAAAGAGUACCAAUACAAAUGAAACCAUUACCAGAUGUUGGAUUUGAUUUAUUACCACGAAUCGAUGAUUUAAUCGUAUUCUGUGAACUAUAUAUAACUAUACAGAAUCUUUCAUUUUUAAUUGUUUUAUUUUUCCAUUUGGAUCGUGAACGAAUAUUUCGUCGAUUUACAAUCAUCACUGGAUUAGCUUAUAUGGUACGAUCAUUAUUUUUCCCCAGUACAACAUUACCACCAAGUAUUUGUAAUUCUUGUUCACCAAAAUUUUCAUCCAACAUUACUAUUGGUGAAUUUUCAAUGGCAAUCAUCGAUCGUAUGGUUGAAUUUUCACAAACAUUUGGUUUUGUAACACAAAGAAAAAUUAGUCUUUGUGGUGAUCAAAUAUUUUCUGGCCAUACAAUCAUUAUCAUUAUGGUUCAUUUAUUUAUCGAUACCUAUUAUUAUCCAGUAGCUUUAAAUACUUAUUAUGGUGUUAAAUGUGGAUAUUUUUUGAUGAAAACAAUUCAUUGGUUAUUAAGUACUGUAGCCAUAACAAGUUUGAUCAUAUCACAUCAACAUUAUACAAUCGAUAUAAUUGCAAGUGUUUAUGUUUGUACACAAAUUUUUUGGACUUAUCAUUCAUUGUGUAUGGAAAAAGAAUUUUUUCAAAAAUUAAAAACUACUACUACUACUCGUCGUUCUCAUGUUAGCAGAUUCAAGAAUAUUAUUCUUGAUCAUACAUUUAAUGUCGAUUCUGACGUCAAUAAUGAUAAUAAUAAUUCAUCAAAAAAUUUCAUUAAAUAUUUCUGGUGGUGGCCAUUAUUUGUACAUUUUGAGAUUGAAAAUCAAUUACCAUCAUCAUUGAUGGAUGAUGAAUAAUCUUUUAAAAAAUAAUAUUGUUAAUUGUA